CGUCCAAUCCCGCGCCUCAACGUCGUCAUACUCAGUUCAAGAUAUUCCACACCCUUUGUCACCAACGGAGAUCUGCCGUGUUGGUUUCAUUAUUAGCGCCUCACCCCCAAGAACGUCACUAAGCCCCGGCGCCUCCAUCGUCCCCCUCUCGUCUGUGUGAGUCCGUGCCGUGCGUAGCGUCAACGUCCACGUCCACGUCGUCCCCUUCUUCGUCUCCUCUCCCUCCCCUCAUAAUGGACGCCUCCCAAUACGACCCGGAGGCCGCGUCCGCCGACCCGUCCGUCAGUCCCAACGCUGAAGGGUACGGCGACCCACAGCAGCACAACGGCCCUGUCAAGCUCUUCGUGGGCCAAGUGCCUCGCACCAUGGAAGAGGACGAUCUGCGCCCCGUUCUCGAGGUCUUCGGGCCGCUAGAGGACCUAGUAAUCAUCCGAGACAAGAUCACAGGCGCUCAUCGCGGUUGUGCCUUCGCCUCGUAUUUUACACGCGACGCGGCCGAGAAGGCCGUACAGGAGCUGCACAACAAAGUAACACUUCCGCAGAGUAUCAAUCCGCUUCAAGUCCGUCCCGCUGAGGGACAGGCGGGUGCUUCCCAGGAACACAAACUCUUCAUCGGAAUGAUCCCAAAGACAGCGGAUGAAGCUGCUAUUCGUGAGGUUUUCGAGCUCUUCGGUACUAUUGAGGAGGUCUACAUCCUGCGUCACCCCGCUACGGGCCAAAGUAAGGGCUGUGCCUUCCUGAAAUUCAAGGAACGCAGCUCAGCUCUUGCUGCUAUUGAAGAAGUCAAUGGAAACGUCACGAUGGACCGCGGCACGUCGCCUCUGGUCGUCAAGUUCGCGGAUAGUCGUCGUCAGCGUCUUCAACGUGCUCGGAACUUGGCAGCCGCGGCCAACGCGUACUGGCCGCUGCCUCCCGGCGCUGGACUAGCGUUCCCACAGCUGCAACAACUACAACAGCAAUAUAUGCAGCAGAUGCAGGCGUUCGGAGCCCAAGCAGCGGCUGGACUGAACCCGACUGUCGCUGGCCUUGGCUCUCCAGUCGGAGCCGCUGCCGGCGGCCCUGGAAGUCCCACCAACUCGUUCAUGUACUACAAUCCGUACGGCUUCGCUGCUGGAGCAAGUCCGUACGGCUUCGGUGGUUUGCCCAAUGUUGGCGCUGCUGGCUUCGAUAUGCAGGCAGGUCUGGGUGCAGGAUUGGACCUGCAAGGCCAGGGCGUGGAGGCUGCUAAGGCUUCACGUACCACCAGUCAACUGGAAGGCCCCACCGGCGCCAAUUUGUUCAUCUACCACUUGCCGCACGACCUCACAGACGCUGACCUGGCUACUGCCUUUGCUCCAUUCGGUACAGUUAUCAGUGCCAAGGUGUAUAUGGACAAGAUCACGGGUGAGAGCAAAGGCUUUGGCUUCGUAAGUUACGACAGCGCGGAUGCUGCGGACGCCGCUAUUGCCAGUAUGAACGGCUUCCAGAUCGGUACCAAGAGACUGAAGGUCCAGCACAAGCGCAUCCAUCAGAGAAACGAGUAUCUUGGCGGCUCUAGCGGCCUCGGCCAUGAGGAUGAACUGGGGAUGGAUUAUCACCAGACGCAAGGCAUCCCCGGAUUGGAUGAAAAUCUGCACAGUGAGGACAGCGGCGCCAAGUCUCCUAGCAGCGCUGCGGAAGGCAACAACGGCGUCGACACGUCACUAGACGAGGCCGUGCAGAACCUGCGCAUUGACGCGUAAAUUGUGUUUUUUUGUGACUCGUCGAUCAUGUCAGUCAAGUCGGUCAUUGGUUGGUGGUGAGUUUUGAGGCGUCAAGGUGUACAGAAUGCCGUGUACAAAACAGCGAUGCGAUACAGAAGGACAACGCACGAGGCACGAGAAACGAGAGCUUUUGCGAGCAACGAGCAUCAAGAUACAAGAAGAAAACCACAAGAUAGUAGUGAAAAACAUCCAGAAGCCAAGCGUAUGUUAAUCAUCAGUAUGUAUUUCACUUACUCAGCGUGUAUUGCCAUUAUUCUCUUCAGACGUAUGUAACAAUAAUUGUUACAUUGACUGUAACAUUCGACG